AAGGCAUAGACUCAAACUGCUUGUUUUGGACACGCUGGCUUCUUCUUUUUCUUGUGGAUAUUAUGGCCAAUAACACAACGAGUUUAGGGAGCCCAUGGCCAGAAAACUUUUGGGAGGACCUAAUAAUGUCCUUCACUGUAUCCGUGGCGAUUGGACUCGCCAUCGGAGGAUUUCUCUGGGCGCUUUUCGUGUUCCUGUCUCGCAGAAGAAGAGCCAGCGCGCCCAUCUCACAGUGGAGUCCCACCAGGCGACCCAGGUCUUCCUACAAUCAGGGCCUCAACAGAACUGGAUUCUACCGCCACAGUGGCUGUGAGCGCCGAAGCAACCUCAGCCUGGCCAGUCUCACCUUCCAGAGACAAGCGUCUCUGGAGCUGGCCAACUCCUUCCCCAGGAAAUCAAGCUUCAGGGCUUCAACUUUCCAUCCCUUCCUGCAAUGCCCACCGCUUCCGGUGGAAACCGAGAGUCAGCUGAUGACCCUGCCUGCCUCCACCACCCCAUCCGCCAUCAGCACCCUGCACAGUCCCAGCAGGCCAGACUUCCGCUGGUCCAGCAACAGCCUGCGGAUGGGCCUCUCCACACCGCCCCCGCCCGCCUAUGAGUCUAUCAUCAAGGCAUUUCCCGAUUCCUGAGUCUGGACUUUAGUUGUUUUUAAUUCUUUUUUUUUUUUUUUUUUUUUUUUUUAAAUUUUGUCUCUUCUAGAAAGGAAACGAUAUAUAGGGUAAACAGAAUUUUGAGGUCAUGGCACUAAUGACUGAUUUUCUAAGUCAGUAGGUUCGUGAAAUCUGAAUGCUACCCCAUAAGGCAAAGUUUCUUUCAAACACAGUUUCCUCACUGAUGUUCCAUAAAAGUAAUUUUUUUCCUCAAAAGUUCUAUAUUUAUGUAUUUUGAAUUGAGUGUGAGGCAUUGGAUUAAAGAUACUGAUUAAAGAUUCUAACAUACAAAUCGAACGUAUUUGUAUGUUUUUGGUUAAAAAGACUUUAGAUGUUUGUUGUUUCUGGUUGCGAUCCCCCUUCACUUUCCCACGUGACUGCUGACAGACAAAAGUCACUAAAUUAAGGAACUUUAAUGUUACUCUCUGGGUGGUGAGUGAGUCAGUAGCAUCCUAAGGAUCUUGGAGAUCUUGGAGCUCUCAGGAAGUGUGUACAAAAUCCCGUGAUUCUACUCAGUUAUGGAUGAGAAUUCCGCAAAAGAGCUAAGUCCCCCUGGUGUUGUAAGAUGGUUCAGUUUUGACAUUUCACUGCUUUUUUCCCCAAGAUAGACUCAUUUUGUAGUUCCUAAUAUAACUACCACAUCAUUGAAGUAAAACCCCUGGACUUAAUAACAUGAGGAUUUAACAUGGCCAUUGUAGUUAUUACCAAAGCAACAGCAUCUCCAAUUCUUUUGUCCUAAGCACAAGUUUUUAUUUCACAUCAAAUUAUGUUUUUCUUUCUUGGAACUGAAUCUUGUGACUAAGAAAGCACUUUAUCUAGGGAAGUGUGGUUUGGGAAGCCCAGCCUGUGGGUCUCAGCCUUGUGGGUCAUGACCCCUUUGGGGGUCAAAUGGCCCUUUUACAGUUACUGCCUAAGACAACCCAAAACCAUAGAUAUUUACACUAUAAUUCAUAACAGUAGCGAAAUUGCAGUUAUGAAGUAGCAACAAAAAUAAUUUUAUAUUUGGGGGUCACCACAGCAUGAGGAACUGUAUAAAAGGGUCUCCUUGUUGUUAGGAAGGUUGAGGACCACUGCUCUAAGGGGGAACUUCCCUCUCAACUCUGUGGUCAAAUAAAGAUUGUUCUACAGAGAGAUAGUCCACAGUGGAAACAUGCUGCCUCUGAAAAGCAGUUCCUCCCGGUCAUCUCAGCACCCCUCUCCCCCAUGCCCCAGGUAAUGCUCUGUGAAUUCCGUCUCCACCUCGACUAAAGUCUUUAUAAGGUGACUAAUGCAGGCCAAAUGGUCAUUGUAUCAGAUGAACACCCAAGGAGGCCAUAUCAAGAGGUAGAGGCUUCCUUAAUGUGGGCACCAGAGACUUUCAUUGGUCCUUUUGCACCAAAGAUAGGAAUUCACGGGGGGG